CGGGGGAGGCUGCUUCGCGGCUGGCUACAAUGGUUACAGCCCUGGAGAGGCAGCGUUAGGGACGCGCGCGCAGGCACACCGACACAACAAGCGCGCACGCACUCCGGGAGCAGCCGCUUCGGCUGGUGCCGGGAGGAGGAGGAGGAGGAGGGCGCAGACAGGCGCCGAAGAAAGACCCCAAGCCCGCAUCGCCUUGCCUUGCCCUGCCCGCUUGCUCGGGCUCUGGAACCGCCGCGGCUAACUUGCAGGCUCGGCCAGGGAAACUUUGCGCCCUGAGCUGCGUCCUCUUUCGCCAAACAAACAAGCCGGAAGGAGGUGGGGGGGAGAGAGAUGGGGGGCUCGGGGCGUUCAAAAUAGCAGCCCGGGAGGAGAUGCUGCCGGCGCCGAAGCCCCGAUCCAUCUGCUCCCCCUCUCCGGGCUCAUCUGCAGGUUCCAGUUAGCGCCAUCGUGGGGGAGGAGAGAGGGCUCUCCAUCCCGUGCCCAGCGCUCCAGGAUCGAGCUGUUUUGUUUUUUUUAAAAAAAGAAACUCAACGCGGCUGAUAACAUGCAUGUGUCACUAGCUGAAGCCCUGGAGGUUCGGGGAGGACCACUGCAUGAAGAAGAAAUAUGGGCUGUGUUGAAUCAAAGCGCGGAAAGCCUUCAGGAGUUGUUCCGGAAAGCUGACCCCACUGCUCUGGGAUUCAUCAUUUCCCCAUGGUCUCUCCUGCUUCUUCCAUCCGGCAGUGUAUCCUUUACAGAUGAAAAUGUUUCCAGCCAAGACCUGCGAGCGUUCACGGCACCAGAAGUCCUCCAAAAUCAAUCACUGUCGUCUCUUUCUGAUGUCGAAAAGAUCCACAUCUAUUCUCUCGGAAUGACACUUUAUUGGGGAGCUGACUAUGAUGUCCCGCAAAGCCAGCCCAUUAAACUUGGGGAUCACUUGAACAGCAUACUGCUUAGCAUGUGCGAAGACCUCGUUUAUGCCCGUGUGUCUGUGCGGACGGUUCUGGACGCUUGCAGUGCUCACAUACGGAACAGCAGCUGUGCCCCUUCCUUCUCAUAUGUGAAACAGUUGGUGAAACUGGUUCUGGGGAGUUUGUCUGGGGUGGAUCAACUUCCCUGCACUGGGGACAGAAAGGUGCAGACUGACAGGAGCCAGGCCAUCCGGGAGAGGCUGAGAGGGAAAGGACUUCCCACAGGAAGAAGCUUAGUGGCUGAUGGCCCAGAGGUCCUCCCGGCUCCGUUCUUUGAACAGACCAUGCUUAGCAAAAGGCUUAGUAAGUCUAUGGGGUUCUUGUCUCUCAGAGGUCUUCAAAGCGAGGAAGACUUUUGCCAGGGUGCUUCCUCCGAUUACAAUUCUGGCCGUGAAGAUGACAUGGAUGCCGGCUGCCCUUACCGGUGUAGAGCUAGUGACUUGGAAAGGAAAGCAGAUUCUGGCCCCAAACGGAAAGUCUGGGCUUCCUCCUCAGAUCUGCUGUGCUCAACUGACAAAGUGACCGAGAAAGACCAUGUUGGGGAAUCCCGCAAGCACUAUCAUCAUGCAGGGACGAUCCCAGUACGGACUUCGGCAGCUACGAGAAACAAGGAGGGCAGAUACUCCGAUGGGAGCAUAGCCCUCGAUAUAUUUGGCCCUCAAAAACUAGAUCAGGGGCGCUAUGUGCCAGAGACGUCGACAUCAGCAGCCUUAUCAAGUGCCUUUGACAGGAUCAAAGAGAGGCAGAAGAAGUUGCAGUUGCUGAGAGGAGCCAUGAAUGUUGAAGAGCAUGUACAGAGAUAUAAAUCGUACCACAGUGACAUAUACAGCACGGAAAGUGAGACCCCAUCGUUCAUUUCUUCAGAGGCAGAUUUCAGGCAAGUGAGAAGGUUUGAAGCAUUGAGAGAUGACUCCAGUGGUCCUUCCCCAGGAGCAGAUGAUCUUUCUUCAUCAGGUCGAAUACAUGGACAAAGGUUGAGACAGUACGAAGCGCCACUUGAAGGCAACCUGGUGAGCCAAGAAGUAAUGCUAAAGCGCCAAGAGGAGGAGAUGAUGCAGCUGCAGGCGAAAAUGGCCCUCCGUCAGUCUCGACUAAGUCUCUACCCUGGAGAAGUGGUGAGGUCGCCGGUGCUUGACAUGACAAGGGACCCCCUGAGAGAAAUUGCAUUGGAAACAGCCAUGACCCAAAGGAAACUACGGAAUUUCUUUGGUCCCGAGUUUGUGAAAACUACUGUUGAUCCAUUCACCUCCUUGGACCUGCCAAAGUCAAUCUUGAACAAGAAAGGGAAGAAUGAAGACAAUCGCCGAAAAGUAAAUGUCGUGCUUUUAAGUGGGCAGAGGCUGGAGCUGACUUGCGAUACCAAGACAGUAUGCAAAGACGUGUUUGAUAUGGUAGUGGCCCAUAUUGGCUUAGUGGAGCAUCAUUUGUUUGGCUUAGCCACUUUAAAAGAAAAUGAGUUUUUCUUCAUCGACCCCGAGUUGAAACUGACUAAAAUAGCUCCCGAAGGCUGGAAAGAAGAACCAAAGAAAAAGAGCAAGAACGCAAUCAACUUCACUUUGUUCUUCCGCAUUAAGUUCUUUGUGGAUGAUAUUAGCUUGAUACAGCAUACUUUGACGUGCCAUCAGUAUUACCUGCAGUUAAGGAAAGAUAUCCUGGAGGAGAAGAUGCACUGUGACGAGGAGACAGCCUUGCUGCUGGCCUCGUUGGCCCUCCAGGCAGAAUAUGGAGAUUACCAGGCUGAAGUGCACGGCCUAUCCUAUUUCAGAACGGAACACUAUUUACCAGCUAGAGUGCUGGAAAACCUGGACCUGUCUAAUGUGAAAGAAGAAUUGCCAAAACUGCAUAGCAGCUACGCAGGUGCUUCUGAAAAAGAGGCAGAACUUGAAUUUCUCAAGAUUUGCCAAAGGCUGACAGAAUACGGCGUUCAUUUCCACCGCGUGUUGCCGGAGAAGAAAUCUCAGACUGGGAUUUUGCUGGGAGUUUGCCCCAAAGGAGUUCUCAUUUUUGAGGUCCACAAUGGAGCCCGCACACCCGUCCUCCGCUUCCCGUGGAGAGAAACAAAAAAAAUCUCAUUCAGUAAGAGGAAGAUAACUCUGCAGAACACAUCUGAUGGUAUAAAACAUGCCUUCCAAACUGACACCAGCAAGACCUGCCAGUACUUGCUACAGCUUUGCUCUUCGCAGCAUAAAUUUCAGCUCCAGAUGAGAGCCAGGCAAAGUAACCAAGAUGCUCAGGAAAUAGAGAGAGCAUCGUUUAGGAGCCUCAACCUCCACACGGAUUCUGUCAAAGGGUUCAACAUGGGCCGUGCCAUCAGCACCGGCAGCCUGGCCAGCAGCACACUGAACAGGCUCGCGGUCCGGCCGUUGUCGGUGCAAGCAGAUAUUCUCAAGAAGCUCUCCUACUCUGAACUCUCCCUCUUCCAGUCUGCCCAGAGCUGUUCCAGGGACAAAAACGAGAAGCUGCCCUGGGAGGAGAGGCCCAGAAUCAUGAGCAAAUCCUUUCACGACCUGACCCAGAGCCAGGUGUCUGUCAGCCCACUUCGGAAAAACGUUAUCGCCCCCGUGGACGCCUCUUCGCGGAGAAUGGAGGAAAUGAUGGGGAAGAUCUUCCAGCAGGUGCCAAAAUCUGACGCCGAAUCAGCGGCUGGAGGAGCAAAGCUCAACAAUUCACACUCUCAUGCAGGUUUAAAUUCCAGCCUAGAAAGAAGGAAAAAUGAAUCUGAUUCUUCAUCCACUGAAGACACUGGCCAAGCCUAUGUUGUAGACGUUCUACAAACAAAGCAGAACCCACUGUUGUUGCCAGAAAGGGAGAUCAGCUUGGUAAACUUGAAAAAAGAUGAAAAGUAUGGCUUAGGGUUUCAGAUCACUGGUGGGGAGAAAACUGGAAAGCUUGACCUUGGGAUUUUCAUUCACUCAAUAACUCCUGGAGGACCAGCAGAUUUGCAGGGAUCGCUAAAACCAGGGGACCGCUUGAUAUCAGUGAACAGUGUGAGCUUGGAAGGGGUCCACCAUCACACAGCGCUGGAAAUUAUUGAGCAUGCUCCAGAAGAAGUGACCCUUGUCAUCUCGCAGCCUAAGGAGGGGCAUACAAAAGCACCAUCAAAUCUCCUCAGCGGCACAAAGGGGUAUUUUAAAAGGCCGCCACUGACACCAGACAAUGAGGCAGAGUCGUCUUCAGAGGAACACAACCGGCCACUGGGCCAGCAGAGGCCUACCUCUGGGAGCUUAUCUGGCCUUGGCUCAGGUAAACGGGACGGAAGCCUCAGCUCCCAAGACUCCAGGACUGAGAGCGCCAGCCUGUCCCAGAGCCAAACAAAUGGUGGUUUCGGCAACCAUAUCGGCGACAAGCCCCAGCCGGAAUACCAGAAUUGCAUCGAUUCCCAGCUUGCCCCUUCCAAAUUCAGCGAAAGAAGCGGAGCAUCUUCGGAGGCAAACACAGCAAAGGCCAAAAAGGCUGGGAUGGCGGAGGCUGUGGAGUAUUCUGACCGAGGAGAUUCUGACAUGGAUGAAGCCACUUACUCCAGCAGCCAGGAACCAGCAACAGCGGCCGCCAAAAAGGAGCCUUACUUCAUGAAUUUGGCCAACUCAAUGAAUUCUAAAAAGUUUUCUUCACCGCCUCUUAAACCUGGAGAUAUCUUUGAGGUCGAACUGGCCAAAAAUGAUAACGGCUUGGGAAUAAGUGUCACGGUACUGUUUGACAAGGGUGGUGUGAACACCAACGUGAGGCAUGGAGGCCUGUAUGUAAAAGCCGUUAUUCCUAAGGGAGCAGCUGAAGCUGAUGGGAGAAUUCAAAAAGGUGACCGUGUGCUUUCUGUCAACGGGGUUACUUUGGAAGGAGCUACCCAUAAACAAGCUGUAGAAAUCCUGAGGAAUACCGGCCAGAACUGUGUGGCAAAGGUCAAGCGAAUCCUGGCGCCGUCCGCGUAUUCUGGCUGCUGCUGCUGCAAUACAGGGAUACUUCCUUAUUUGAGGUUCCAAAACUGGCAGAAGCAAGACUCAAAUGAGGUUCGCCUGGUGUUGGAAAAGGGCCAGCCUCCAGCCGCCAGAGUCCAUGCUCCAGUUACACCACAGUGCACACCUCCAAACCAGCCCAAUCACGCGGGGGCACCAGAGAGACCUGUGAAGAAAAUGACACAAGCCAGAGACUACAACUUUGUCACUGACGACAACACGUUUGAGGUGAAGCUGGUGAAAAACAGCUCAGGCCUAGGCUUCAGUUUCUGUCGAGAGGACAGCGUUUCUCCAGAGCAGCCAGGUUCCAGCAUAGUCAGGGUUAAAAAGCUCUUCCCGGGACAACCUGCUGCAGAAAGCGGACAGAUCGAGGUUGGGGACGUCAUCCUGAAAGUGAACGGGGCGUCUCUAAAAGGACUGUCCCAACAGGAGGUUAUUUCAGCUCUUAGGGGAACAUCUCCCGAAGUCACCCUUCUCCUCUGCAGGCCACUUCCUGGGAUACUGCCCGAAAUUGACCCUUCUCUGCUGACACCUAUCCAUUCCCCUCAGCAGAUUUUCCCUGACGUCAGCAAAGGCAACCCUCCGCAACCUAACGGGGAGCAAGACGACAGCUCUGACGAAAACGAAGCCGCGGACAAGGGCAGGAAGCGGAUCAAGUCCCCCUCUCGAAGGGACAGCUACAGUGACAGCAGCGGGAGCGGAGGGGAGGAGCUUCCUGUGAAUGUGGCCCAGAUAGUGAGCACAAAGUGGAGCUCCGCCCUGUACCAAAACCCAAACAAGUCAGCAGCUGAGGCACCUAGUCCUUAUGAAACACCCUGCAGCCAAGAGGAAACUAUUCGCACCAUAUAUUGUGCUCCUCAUGAGACACCAGCGAGACCAGAAACUGAGAACAGUAACCCACCGUCUCUUCUCCCAAUGGAUUUGCCACCAAUAUCAAGAUGUAGAACCUUCACAUCUGGUUCAACAGACGAAAAAUACAGCUGCUCCGUCUCUGAGCUUGUGGCAGCGCCAGGAGGCUUGGCGUCGCUUUUGAGCCAGCUUGAAAAACAUGCCGAUGAAUAUGAACCAGAGGUGGAGCUCCACGUUGUCCUGACUAAAUCAGAGAAGGGUAGCCUUGGUUUCACUGUGACCAAAGGCAAUGAUAACGUUGGCUGUUACAUCCAUGACGUCAUUCAAGACCCUGCCAAAAGUGAUGGGAGGUUACAACCUGGAGAUCGGCUGAUCAAGGUUAAUGACACAGAUGUCACUAACAUGAGCCACACAGAUGCUGUCAGUUUCCUCCGAGCUGCUCCAAAGACGGUCAGGCUGGUGCUUGGGCGUGUUUUGGAGUCACCCAAGAUACCCGUGCUGCCACACCUACUGCCUGACAUUAACUUGACAUGCCAUAAAGAAGAACUGGGCAUCUCCCUUGCAGGUGGUCACGACAGCCUUUAUCAAGUGUUAUACAUUAGUGAUAUCGCUCCAAAAUCUGCCGCAGCCGCGGAGGGGACUCUUCGUACCUUGGAUGUCAUCCAUUACAUUAAUGGGAUCAGCACCCAGGGCAUGACUUUGAAAGAAGCAAAGAGGACGCUGGAGAUGUCGCUUCCAACAGUGGUGUUGAAAGGAACAAGGGAUGGCCAUCCAGUGUUUCCAAGGUCCAAAGGCCCCGAUAGCUCAAGUCCAAGGUCAAUAAAGCAUAAUGGUCAUUUACUUGGAGAACCCUAUGGCAAAGCAGAAAUAGGACCUGAGCCAUAUGCACCAAAAGUUAAUGGUGAAAUGAACAACAGCCACUAUCCAAAAGGGCCAGGGAAUGUCACCGUAUCUAAAGACAUUAGUAGUCAGGCCUCUGAUUUUUCCAGCUACAGUAACAACUCAGAGGUGCAAGACGAUGAUUCUUACGAUGCGGACGAUCACAAUGAAGUCAUUCAGUACCUUUUAGAUGUUGUAGAUGAAGAAGCCCAGAACCUGCUAAACCGUAGUAACGCCGCGUCUGGGAACCACCUACCAGUAGAGGCAAAUGGGAAACUUGCAGAAGAGAAAUCAGAAGACACAGACUGCGAUGGGUCAUCGUUGCCUGACGAUUUCCCAGAGCCACCCCAAAUAAAUGGCUGUGAAGAGUAUUGUAAUAACAAAAGGAUUUCUGAAAGAUUACCCCAGAGACCUCUGCUGGGUCAGGGAGAUGACGAUGAGAUUACCUGGGGAAGUGAUGAGUUACCGAUCGAAUCAAUAAACCAGCAGCAGUCUGUUAAAGAUUGCCCUUUGGUCACCGACGAAGAGCUUUCCGUACUCCCAAUCGUCCAAGUACUUCCUUCGGGCAAAUAUACAGGGUCCAAAUUGAAGUCAACUAUCCGGAUGCUGCGAGGCCUGUUGGAACAAGGUGUCCCUUCAAAGGAGAUUGAGAAUCUUCAAGACCUAAAGCCUUUGGAUCAGUGUUUGGUGGGCCAAACAAAGGAAAACAGGAAGAAGAAUAGAUAUAAGAACAUACUGCCUUACGACACCACAAGGGUACCCCUGGGGGCCGAAGGUGGCUACAUCAAUGCCAGUUUUAUCCGGAUGCUGGUGGGGAGUAAGGAAUAUGUUUACAUUGCUUGCCAAGGACCCCUCCCCACCACUGUGGCGGACUUCUGGCAAAUGGCUUGGGAGCAGAACUGCACUCUCGUAGCCAUGAUGACCCAGGAAGUAGAAGGAGAAAAAGUCAAAUGUCAAAGGUACUGGCCCGACGUCCUCGGAAAAACCACAAUGAUCAGCGAUAAGCUCCGUCUUGCUCUGGUGAGGCUGCAGCAGCUUAAAGGCUUUGUCAUUCGAGUUAUGGAGCUAGAGGACAUUCAGACUGGAGAACUCCGGCGUAUUUUCCACCUAAACUUUACCGCCUGGCCAGAUCACGACACACCUUCUCAGCCAGAUGAUUUGCUCACCUUCAUAUCCUACAUGAGGCACAUCCACAAAUCAGGGCCGAUCAUCACGCAUUGCAGCGCAGGCAUUGGACGAUCAGGGACGCUUAUUUGCAUAGACGUGGUGUUGGGGCUGAUCAGCCAGGAUCUUGAGUUUGACAUCUCUGACGUGGUGCGCACAAUGCGCUUGCAGAGACACGGCAUGGUGCAAACGGAGGACCAGUACGUUUUCUGCUAUCAAGUUAUCCUGUACGUCCUAAAACGGCUCCAAGCGGAAGAAAAGCCAAGAAGCAACUAAGCUGUUACAAGUCGAAUAUGCAUUUAAGGGGGAAAGUGAGGUUCUUGAAUAAUUUGGGCAUAUCUACACUACAGAGUUAAAACAAGUUAAAUGUCUAUGUGAUGUCUCCCUAGGGGAACAGUGGUUUGGUGGCAGACUUUGGACUGGGAUACUCAGUGUCCUCAUCAAACUACAAGUCCCAAUAAUUCUUUGGGGGAAAGCCAUGGCAGUUAAAUUGGGGGGAAACCUGUGUGUGUGUGUGUGUGUGUGUGUGUGUGUGUGUGUAGUGUAGCUGUGCCCUAGGUGAAAUCUGCCAAUAGGAUUCCAGUUCCACUCUCUAUUGAGUACCACUAUAACCCCCCCUUUUUUUCAACAGGUUGGGGGUCUUUGUGCGCCAUAUAUAUUUAAUAACGCUGCACAUUUUUUGCAGCUUUUUCAAACUUUGAUAAGCAAUUAAUUGACAUAUUUUUAAAAAAGAAAAAAAGCCCUGCUUCCUAUUUUUUAAGAAGUAUUACGUUUUCUCUCCCUCCCAACUAUUUUAUAGUAUAUUUCUGAUGCAAGGGAUGGGCAGUUGGGAAAUGAAAACAGUAUUUUUAUCCUGGUGGUCUUUCUUACUGGUAAAUUUUUAUUAGUCUGUUUUUAAGCAUUUUGUUUAUAGCAGAGCAGUCCUUUUUCCAGCAUUUUUAAUAAAGUAGAGCUUUUUAUAGAAAAUACUUGAAAUCAGUAUUUAAGCUUUACGAAACAACUUACUAGCAUAAGGAAAAAUAGCAAAUGUUUACUGUAUUACACAAUGUUUACUUUAUAUAGAGUCUUGUGUAUAUAUUUAUAUACUUUUACAAAAAAAAAGUUCAAUUAUCAGAUGUCUAAGCUUAUAACUGCUGGGACGUCUCCACAGUGUAAAUAAAACACUUUUAAAAGAGAG